AUGUCUCCAAAAACCCAACCCCGCAAACCAUGGCCAAGUUAUUUUAUUGUCCGUACCACCGGUGAAGUUGUCCCUCUCAUCGCGGUUGAUGAGCUACCACAAGACGUUAAUAUUGCCGGUGUUCCCCGUGAGCUUGACCUCAAGGAGGCCAUCGGCAUGCUUAACUUGGGCCUCCAAAAGAGCUGUGGGGCAUCCUACAAAAUCACUCACGAGAAGGCAAAAGUUCAGGGGCAAAGUAAUGGAUUAGCGGCGGAGCCUACAACCCAGUCGAGCGCCAACAUCGCCGGCCUUUCUACCUCCACACGGCUUCGAACAAGUCCAAAUAUCAAAGCCCCACUGGUAGUACCCUCUUCAACACCUUCCACUACCAUGCAGCAGAAACCACGGCGUCAAAUCUGCCGCUACUGGUGCGCGAAUGGCAUUUGCAAAUGGGGUCUACAAUGCCGCCACCACCACAUGAUGCCCAUGGACUUGCCAGGCUUGCAAGAAAUCGGAUUAAAUGACUGGCCUAUUUGGUAUCGACGCUCCAAUUCCAGUCAUUUUGUCACCGACUUGGGCAGAACUAAGGCCAGUAAAACUAGUCAGAGUGAGGGGAGGAUUAGGACUAAGAAUGCGAAGGGGAGUGCAAGUGUGAGUAGGGGCGUGGAGAGUGUUGAGCAGGCUCUUAGAAAGUUCAGGGAGCUGGAUGUUAGUGGAAAGGGGAAGGGUAGUGCGUUGGCUGGGGCAAAAAGCAAAAGUGGUGGUAGGUAUGGGAGUAAGAACACGGUGGAUGAUCGUCUUGCGACUAGGGAUGCUACGGAUUGGGGGGAUGAUGAAAUAACUGUUCAUGGGGAUGAGGGUUCAGAUAUUAGCAGUGCUUCUGACGGGGAGGCGAUAAAGGUUUUUGGCAAGGGGAAGUUAGUUGAUGUUUGA